UUCCGCACUUCAGAUUUCCUCUCUCAGCAUUUAUCCUCUCCCAAAAGAAAUACUCUCUCCACAUUUCGGUUCGACUAUUUGUUCGAAAAGGGUCAAUCAAUGGCUGGCAGAGGCAAAACCCUAGGAUCUGGAACAGCAAAGAAGGCUACAUCAAGGAGUAGCAAGGCCGGUCUGCAGUUUCCGGUGGGUCGUAUUGCUAGAUUCUUGAAGGCCGGCAAGUAUGCUGAGCGUGUUGGCGCCGGCGCUCCUGUCUACCUCGCUGCUGUACUUGAAUAUCUUGCUGCUGAGGUACUUGAAUUGGCUGGAAAUGCAGCAAGAGACAACAAGAAGACCCGUAUUGUGCCACGCCACAUCCAGCUAGCAGUGAGGAAUGAUGAAGAGCUAAGCAAGCUUCUUGGUGAUGUUACAAUUGCUAACGGAGGUGUGAUGCCUAACAUCCACAACCUUCUCCUCCCAAAGAAGACUGGUGGCUCCUCCAAGGCCUCAGCUGAUGAUGACAGUUAAAUGUGAAGGAAGAGAUUUAAAGGAAGUGUAUUUUCAGUCACUGUGACUUCACUGUGAUAAUUUAAGUCUUUUAGCUUCAAUUUUUCUUCAGAUUUUAGGACUUGAGGCUGUGUUCAUGUAAGGGUAGUUUUAGUAGUUAGGGUUUUACAAUUAAUGAUGUGAAUAUAAAUUGAUCAUCAUCUUUGUGCUCAUGUUAUGGUGGAAAAUAUUUUUUUUCUAUGUAAUGACAUUUAAUGCACGACUUGAAUCUAUCCUUAUUUGAUUGCAUCA